AUGCUAAUUGUUAAAACAGCACAACAGGAUGCUUCCUUGCAUCAAGGAGAAGUCCAUUUUGCCAAUCAGAUCAACUCACAACUUCAAGGUGGCAAAGACAUUGAUCAAAUGGCUGCUAUGGCUAUGAUUGAAAGUGAGAGCACAAGAUUUUACAUGGUAUCAGAGCUUCAAGGUCUUGCAAUGGCGUCCACUAAAGCAAACAAUCAAUCCACUCACACAUCCCCUGAGCUUGUCAACAAUCAAUCCACACACACAAACUCGAAUUCAUCGAAUACUUUAGCCGCUAUUACUCCUAAACCCUAUUUCUUAAAUUCCAGUGAGAAUCUAGGAAACAUUCUUGUUACACAACCUCUGUUAGGAAUGAGAAAUUACCAAUCCUGGUCAAGAGCUAUGGUACUUGCCCUUACUGCGAAGAAGAAGAUUGGUUUUGUAAAUGGAAAGGUUACGAAGCCAGAUCUUAAUUCACCUUUGUAUGAAGAUUGGGAGAGCUGCAACACUAUGGUGCUUUCAUGGAUGAUAAAUUCUAUGCAUGUGGAUGUCUCAAGCAAUAUCAUGUACUGUGAAACAGCAAGGGGGAUGUGGAUUGAACUCCAGAAUGUGUUCUCACAAGGAAAUGGACCUAAGAUCUACAAUUUACAAACUGAGAUUUCUCAAAUUCGCCAAAAUCAGAUGUUUGUGAUUGAGUUUUAUAUCAAAUUCAAGUGA